GCGCAAACUAGGGAGUGGAACUUUUAGUUACACAAAAAGUAUAUAGUCUAUGGCGACUUUGCAAGGGUCGCCCACACGGGCACCGGGCACGCACCGUGCGCUACUACGGCCCUCCUCGUCCCUGCCUCCCUGCCUCGCCUCGCCUCGCGCCUCGCACUCGCUUCAUCCAUCAGUCAGUCAUUCGACAACACGCGUAUCGGACGUUCAGUCUCUCGCCUCUACUCGUUUGUUAUUUACGCGUACAACUGGGUCACGAGUGUGUGAUAGUACGAAACUGUAAACUUACGCAGUGCUGUUUCGUGAAUGGUCUUGUUGUAAACAGUGACAGUGAACAUAGGUUUUGUGACAAAACAGCGGCCCUUUUGAAGUGUACGGGAUGCGUGCGUGAGCGCAGCGCAUGACGUGCUACGAAACGCUGAGAGCUCCGGCACCCGCCGCGGACGCCCCCAUGGCGCACCACUUUGUCAAGUGGUGGCGUAACAAGUUUAGAAAUGGAUACAAGAAAUUUAGCAUCGGUACGGAGAGUGAGCGUACGGACACCGAAGAGCUCGUUGGUCGUGCAGCAUCGCAGUGCUCCGCCCCACCAGACCUGUUGCCCAGUGAGGCGAGGGCCCUGCUGGCGCCCGCCACGCCGCCGCCGCCGCCGCCGCCGCGCACGCUGCGGCCCCAGGAACCCACCUGCAAGCCCCCGUCCAAACCACCCUCGCCCGCUCCACCACAUGAUCACCAUGACGACAAACAUACAAGACUGCGAUUUGAGGAGCUGACAUGCGAUGUGGAAUUAAAGCAUCCAGAACCAUCUAAACAACAGCCAUUACAGUUUUCCUUCACUCUGUACGACCUUGACGGCCACGGUCGCAUGACAAAAGAUGAUAUAGCCGGCAUUGUGUCGACGAUAUACGAAUCGAUAGGGAAGUCGGUCACAGUACCGCACUAUGGGUCCAAAACCAUACAAGUGCGGCUAACUGUCGUGCCGGAAGGAGGGAACGCACGGACGCAUCGGGAGCGGCGGGAAGCCAGGCGCAGGCGGAGGAAAGAGACAAUCAAUGCCCCGCCAGAAGUUGUAGAACCGUCAGAUGACGAGCAACGCGACAGACUAUCUCCCGACGAAGACUCUUCCAAGUCCUCUUGUUCAGGCGACAGAGUCCUACAACAAAGACCUAGCGCGAACUACCAUUCGCGACCGCAUCGAAACCACCGCAGGGAGCACCGCGAACGCAAGCAAUUGAAGAAACGAUCCGGCAGCUUGCAGCGACGCGAACUACUUGAGAUCAUUCAGGCCAACAUGGAGAAAAACCAUCUGAGCUUUCAAACUUCAAGAAAGCCCAGCGAACACGUCGCCAACGAAGAAGAGAUCACCAGCAAAUACCAAAAGCUAAGAAACAGAUCGUUCACCGUGAGCGAAAAACCAGUGAAUGCAUUCCAAAAGAGCAAAACCGAGAGCCCCGGCCACGGGUACUUGGACUUGGCCAGCGGUGGCGACUCCAAUUUGUGUAGAUACGACCGGUACCUUCACGCGGUGAUAUGCUCAUCGGCGCGGCACGCACACACGGGCUAUCAUCAGAAGCAGACUCAAACGCCGCGGACUCCGCGCGCAGCGCAAGUUCACCAUUCCCGUUCGCGAUCCCACGACCUACCCGCACAACUUUCCUCCACGCAACAACCCAGAGUGCUACAAAUCAUAUUCUUAUAGAAUCGCGAAAGGACACUGUCGCCGUCGACGCGGACGACAUUGUCCUUCUUUACAUUUUAGAAUAAUGCCAAUUUAACAUGUUAUUACUAACGAGUUACCAAACGCUAUACUAAAUUGUUUAUGCACCAUAGAAGCACAGUCACGAGUCGCUGAAUCGGGGUUUGUAAAUAAUAGGGUUUAGUUGAUAAUUCUGUAUUUAUUGAAAACGUUUACACGCGCAUGUGCAAAUGCGGAGAGUAAGAACUCGAAUUUGACAAAAUACGAAGUGAGACUAAAAUAUCUAGAAACAAAAAGGAAAAUUUGCUUAUAAAGCAUUUAUUGUUAUUUUAGUGGAUUUUCAAGUAUGGGUGCGGUAAAGUGAUUUGUAAUCUGUUACAAAAGACGUGACACUAAAGUACUUAAAAUGUUUUGUGAACGUGCCUUAUUUUUGAUACUCUGGAAGCGAAAGUUGUAGAUGUCAUGACUUAUUUAAAGACAAUGCGAAUUUCCAGAAGUUUCUUAGUAAAAGUUGACACUCCUCUUUAUUGUCGUGUAUUCAAAUAACCGUAUGAUGGACGUAUAAUAUUGAUUCUUAAAUAAUUAUUAAUAAGGUUUUUGAACACGCAUGGGUGGAAAUGUUUAGUUAGCCCUAUUACUUACUCUUUACUAACCUUGUUGUACCUUCUGCUAGUUAAGAAUGCUCAGUAGACGUACCUUUUAAAAACUCGAUAGAGUUUAUAGACUGAUUUUACCUAAAAGUAAGUAUCUACUUUUAAGUGUUCUGAAUACAAUAGUUUAUAAUAUUGUUAUGAUGCAUUUCAUUGUACAUAACUGUUUUUGUGGUACUUAACAAUCGAUGUUAUAAUAAAUUAUAACAUCAACUUGAAUAUUUGUCGAAUAUCUUACUUAUUUUGUUCUCUAUUGCAUUACCAGUAUCAGUAUUUAUUAAUUUAAGUGAAUGAAUGAAUCUCUUAUUAUGUUAAUAUCUACCUCUUAUUUGACCUUCAUUAUUAAUUUAUUGACGUACGAAUAGCGUAUUUUUAGUUUAGAUAGCUAUUGUGAUAAAUCUUAAUUGGAACUAUUAUUGUUCAAAGAGAAUGUUUGGC